AUGGGUUGGUUUUGGAGUGAGAGAAGAGGUCCAGAAUGGAAACAAGGAUGGACUUCCAAUACCCUCUCCAACACUUCACUUCCUCCUCUCCCCCUGCUUGCCAUUUUCGCCAUUGUUCUUCUCUUCCUCACUAUCUCGCAAUAUACAGGUUACAAAGCUCAAAUGGAACACACAAUGUUCAAUUUCCAAAUUUUCCUUUUUGUACUUCCUGUAAUACUCAUAUUUGUUGUCCGUUCCAUGUCCUCUGACGGUAAUGGUAGAAGCUUUGUAUUUCGAUUUCCUCGUCUACGCCCAUCACAGCAUCAUCAAGACAGCGGUCAAGCAGUUGGUAGUACUCAUGCUGGUUCAUCAACAUCAUCACCGUGGGGUGUUGCUCUAAUUGUAGUGGUGCUUAUAGUGAUGAUCUUUUACAAAUCAUCCUUCGAUUCGCAGUGGUUUAGACCUCUCCGGAGGUCAGAUUGA